AUGAAAAAAAAGGUUGAAAAACAAAAAAAGUUAUUAGAAUAUGAAAAAGGAUAUUCUUCAAAUGAAGUAAAAAUGCGAAAUAUGUUUUUUUUCAAAAGUAUACGAAAUAAGAAUCAUUUAUUUUUGGUUUUUCUAUUAUUCUUGUUUGUUUGUUUUUCAUGUAUAAAUUUUACACAAUGUCAAAUAACAAAAAAGAAAGUAUCAGUAAGUGAAAUAAAUUUCGAUAGUGCAGUGGAUGAUGUUCAAUGGUGUGGUAAUAAUCAUAUGACAGUUUUAGUAAAAACUGUAAAGGGAAGAUUAUAUAGGAGUUCAGAUGGAGGAAAAAUAUGGACUAAUAUAACUGGAAAUUUAUUGGAUAAAGAAAAUAAUAAAAAUGAUCCAUCAUCAAAUCAUACGAAUGAAAUGACUACUGUAGAUCUUAUAAUGGUUAAUUCAGUAAACAAAAAUAUAGUAUUAAUUAUAGGAAAUCAAAAGAAUCAUUAUAUAUCUGAAGAUUCAGGAGAAACAUUUAGAUUAUUGAAUUAUCAAAAUAAAAUCAACUUUUGGCAGUUUCAUAGUACUAAAACUCAUUGGGCCUUAGUUUCCUCAUGGACAGAAGCUUGUUAUUCUAAUGAUGAUAAUAGUGGUGAAUGUAUGCAGACCUUAUCAUUAACAAAAGAUUUAGGUAGAACAUUUCAAUUAAUUGAUAUAUAUGUUGUACAAUUUAAUUGGGGAGAUAAAGAAUCACAUUUAGAAGAUACCAUUUAUUAUACUCGACAUAAAAAUAGAAAUGGUCAUCAACAAAGAUUUAGUGGAUGGUCUAAAGAUGUUGAUUUUGUUGCUACUCAUAAUUUUGGAAAAUCUGUUGAUGUAUUAGUUAAACAAGGAAAUAAAUUUUUAAUAUCUAAUGGAUAUAUUUUUGUUGCAAAAUUAAAUGAUGUUAUAAAACAAACUGUUAAUAUGAUGGUUUCAACUGAUGGAGGUAAAACUUUUAAUAAAGCAAACUUACCAGAAAAUAUACAUGAAAAAUCAUAUACUGUUUUAGAUACAUCAGAAGGUUCUAUUAUGCUACAUGUAAAUCAUGGAACAUCAUCAGAAAAAAUUAAUACAGGUAACGUAUAUAUAUCAGAUCCUUCAGGUUUAAAUUAUACAUUAUCAUUACCUAAUAAUAUUAGAACCUCUUCUGGGGAAUGUGAAUUUGAUAGAGUGUUAAGUUUAGAUGGAGUUUAUAUUGCCAACUUUUUAGAUGUUAAUGAUGAAAUUAAAGAUGAAGAUUUGAGAUUCCAAAAUUUUAAGUCAGCUAUUGAAGAAGAUAUUGCUCCAUUUGAGACUAAUACAGAAAAAAGAAAAAAACAAUAUUCGAAAGGAAAAAAUGAAGAUGCUGUUAGAACUGUUAUUUCGUUUAAUAAAGGUGGAGAAUGGUCAUAUUUGAAAGCUCCUAAAGUUGAUAGUAGAGGAAACAAAUAUGAGUGUGGUGAUAAUUGUUAUUUACAUUUACAUGGAAUUACAAAUUAUCAUCAAUAUGCACCUUUCUAUUCAAUAGAAAAUGCUGUAGGUAUUAUAAUGGGAACAGGUAAUGUAGGUAGCCAUUUAAGAUAUGAAAGUGAUGAAGUAAAUACAUUUUUAUCAAGAGAUGGUGGUGUAACAUGGAUUGAAGCUCAUAAAGGACCAUAUAUUUAUGAAUAUGGUGAUUAUGGUGGUUUAAUUGUUAUGGCUGAUGAUUUACGUAAAACAAAUCAAAUUGUAUUUAGUUGGAAUGAAGGACAAAGUUGGUUUGAUUUUGAAUUAGGACAAUUUUCUAUUGAUGUUGAUAAUAUUGUCGCAGAACCUAAUUCUGCAUCUGUAGAAUUUCUUGUAUAUGGUACCAGAAAUGAUGUAGGUGUUUUAUAUCAUCUAGAUUUUAAUGCUCUUGGUCAACCUUUAUGUAAAGGUUUAUGGGCAGCAGAUUCCGUCUCCUCAGAUUAUGAAACAUGGUCCCCUACCAGUGGAAAUUUCAAUGAUAAGUGUAUAUUAGGUAGAAAAAUUACCUACACGAGAAGAAAACAAACAUCAGAAUGUUUUAAUGGAAAAGACUUAAAAAGAACAGUUGAUAAAAAACCAUGUGAAUGUACACCAGAAGAUUAUGAAUGUGAAACAGGUUUUACAAGAAAAAUCGGAAGUUAUGAAUGUAAGCCAAAUGAUCCAACAUUAACCAUUGAAGGAUGUACCAGCAGUUCAUACUUUUAUGCAAAUGCAUAUAGAAAAGUUCCUGGUGAUAUAUGUGUUAAUGGAUGGGUUCCUGAAAAGGUUCCAGUCCCCUGUCCUUCCUAUGCACCAUUUAAUAAAACUGCUAAGUCAAUAUUAUUUAUAAUAUUCAUCAUGGGUAUAGUCAUGCUUAUAAUUACUUAUAUCUGCAGAAAUCCUAAGUUUAAAAACUUAUUUUAUAAUUAUGGUUUCGAUACAUUUGAAAAUGUCAAAUAUUCAGUUAUUAAAACCAAAAGAGGAAAUGUCAGCAAUAAUGUAUUUGAACCAGAAAUGGAAUUCAUAGAUGCAGAACAGGAUGAUAAUGAGGAAGAUGUCCCUACACUUUUACCAUAUUCAAAUGAUAGAAACAGAUCAACAAAUAAAGAUUUUACAUUAGCUAGAAAUAGAACAAACCAAAAUAAUAAUAUAACAUCAAGAAAUAUAUCACCUUCCAAAAAUUAUGCUGAUAAUAUUGAAUUAUUAUAA